AGUGACAACACGGCAGAAGCACUUUGGUCUGGGUUGCUAGCUCGACAGAUAACAGUAGCUCUGGAGCUUGUAAAUGCGUACGGUCAAGUCAAGACACGUAUAAUUAAAAGUACCGGAGUUGAGAAACCUGAACAUUUGUAGAGGAAGAUGAGGCUGAAGGAAAUUCAGAGGACUGCCCACCAGGCGUGGAGUCCUGCUGGACACCAUCCUAUCUACCUGGCCCUUGGAACUUCAGCACAACAGCUUGAUGCUUCUUUCAACACAACAGCUGUCAUAGAGUUAUUUGAGGUGGAUUUUGCUGAGCCCUCUCUGGAGAUGCAGCUCAAAGGGUCCUUAUCUACAACAAACAGGUUGCACAGUAUCGUAUGGGUAAAUUUUGGAAUGGACGCAGAUGGUACUGGAGGUAGACUUGUUGGUGGAAGUGAAAAUGGCACACUGACUGUUUAUAACCCAGAGGCCAUAAUAAGUUCUGAAGCAGACGCUGUUGUUGGACAGUCUGAUAAGCAUACAGGUCCUGUCCGAGCUCUUGAUUUCAAUCCAUUUCAGAAUAAUCUUCUUGCUUCUGGAGCAAAUGAUUCAGAGAUAUAUAUCUGGGAUCUAAACAACUUCAGCAGUCCGAUGACACCUGGAGCAAAAACACAGCCCGCUGAAGACAUCAGUGUUGUCUCCUGGAACAGGCAGGUUCAGCACAUCCUGGCCUCUGCCAACCCCAGUGGGAAAGCAGUUGUGUGGGAUCUGAGAAAGAAUGAACCCAUUAUAAAGAUCAGUGAUCACAGCAACAAGAUGCACUGUUCAGGAAUGCUGUGGCACCCUGACGUUGCCACCCAGCUGGUGUUGGCCUCUGAAGAUGACCGACUGCCGGUCAUCCAGAUGUGGGAUCUUCGUUUCGCCACAUCACCUCUUAAAGUCCUUGAGAACCACACAAGGGGAAUUCUGUCUAUAUCUUGGAACCAGGCUGACUCUGAGCUCUUGCUGAGUAGCGCUAAAGACAACAGGAUCCUCUGCUGGAAUCCAAACUCUGGAGAGGUGAUUUAUGAGCUCCCAACAACAAACCAAUGGUGUUUUGAUGUCCAGUGGUGCCCCAAGAAUCUAGCUCUUUUUUCUACAGCAUCAUUUGAUGGAAAAAUCACAGUUUAUUCUGUGAUGGGAGGAAGCCUGCAAGCUCAGCAGCAAAGCUCAGUUGACAAGAUAUCCUCCUCGUUUAAUACAAUGGACCCCUUUGGUACUGGCCAGGUGCUGCCUCCUCUGCAGGUUCCUCAACCUAGCGUGCAGGAAACCAUCAUCCCUCCACUGAAGAAGCCACCAAAAUGGGUGCGCAGGCCAGUCGGAGCUUCCUUUGGCUUUGGUGGAAAGCUGAUAACCUUUGAGAAUCCAAAGCAGCCUCUGGUGCAGAGCCCCCAGCCUGUCCCCAGGCAAGUGUUUGUGAGCCAGGUUACCACAGAGACUGAGUUCCUGCAGCGCUCCAGGGAGCUCCAGGCGGCGCUGCAGUCGGGUUCUUUCAGCAACUACUGCCAGGCCAAGAUUCAGAAUGCCAAAUCAGAUGCAGAACAAGAUAUAUGGAAGUUCCUUUUGGUUAACUUUGAGGAUGAAGCACGCAUUAAAUUCCUUAAACUUUUAGGUUUCAGCAAGGAUGACUUGGAGAGAAAGAUUUCAAAGUGCUUGGGAAAGAACUUUCAGUCCAAUGGGUAUGGAGUGGAUGCCAAUGAUCUUGCAGAGAAGAUGCAGCAACUCACCGCUGAGAGGUCUGAUGAAGCAACAACUGAUGCUUCGGGUUCUGUUUCACCAGCCGACUUUUUCAGUCAAUCCCCAAAGGAAACCUCCAACUUCAAGAUCCCUGUAUCAUGUGACACUGAUGGGUUAAUAAGCCAGGCGCUGCUGGUUGGUAACUUUGAGGGAGCAGUGGAUCUGUGUCUGAAUGAUGGUCGCUUCGCUGAAGCCAUUCUGCUGUCCAUCAGCGGAGGAGAGGAACUUCUUAAGAAGACCCAGCAGAAGUACCUCAGCAAGCAAAAGAACAGCAUUUCAAUGCUUAUAUCAUCAGUGGUGACCCAAAACUGGAGGGACAUCGUUGAAAGCUGUGAGCUGGAGAACUGGAAGGAAGCUCUCGCUGCUCUGCUGACUUAUGCUCAUCCUGAAGGCUUUGCUGGUUUGUGUGAUACCCUGGGAAGUCGUUUGGAGCACGAGGGCACCGAGAAGCGCUGCCUGCAGGCCUGCUUGUGCUACAUCUGCUCUGGAAACAUUGAGAAGUUAGUGGGGUGUUGGGCCUUGCACAGAGACUGCUCUUCUCCUCUUGGACUAGAGGAUCUGGUUGAAAAAGUAAUGAUGCUGCGGAAGUCCAUUGAACGCCUCCGCAACAGCGAGGUGGCCGUCCAGAGCCACAUCCUGGCCGAGAAGCUAACGUGCUACGCCGGCAUCCUGGCUGCAGAGGGCAGCUUAUCCACUGCCAUGGCCUACCUUCCUGAGAACUCGGACCAACCUGGGAUUAUGAUGCUGAGAGACAGGCUGUUCCAUGCUCAGGAAGAGGCCACCGUCCACCAGCAGCCUCCGAGCUCCUUUAACAGAGCCGGUGCGCCAACAGCUAAGCCCACUCAUGCUGCUCAGACUCCUCAACCCAACGCACAAAUUAGGAGUCAUUACCAGCCUUCUGCCCCUUCGAUGGCUCCACAACAGCAGCCUCACAUGCCAUCAGUUUUUACUCCUCAACCCCCUCCAUCCAACCAAGGGCCUGGUCUGCCCCCCUCCUCUCAUGUAAUGCCACCCAGUUCGAGCCGUCCUGCUGGAAGACCUUCUUAUCCACAACAUCAUGCUGUGGCUCCAGGUUUUUCUCCUCAUCAGCCAUUCCAGCCUCAGCCUGCAUCCACUGCCGGGAUCUUCCCACCUCCAGGCCCUUCGGUCCCAUCUGCAAACUUAUCAGGACCUCAAAUGCCACCUUCGUCGUCAGCCCAUGGAGGCCUGCCUCCCAUGCCCAGUCCUGGGUUGCCACCAACAAGCUUCUUCCCAUCUACCUCUUUACCUUCAGGCAUCAUGUCACCCACCUCCCAACCAGGAGCCCCAGUUUUGACGUAUCCAGGGGGCUUUCAGAACCAGGGACCUGCACCCUCAAUGGCACCUGGCCCCUAUGUUCCUAUUGGAUCUGGGUAUCCCCCAGGAGGUCCUGGAGCUCCUACAGUAAAUCCCUUCCCAGCACCUGUUGUUGCUCCUCCUCCUACAGGACUUCAAGAUGGCUGGAAUGACCCACCGACAGUACGAGGUGGACCCAGGAAGAAGAAGGUCCCUGAUAACUACACUCCACCAGCGCCCAUCACGGCACCUGUCAUGGGUUUCCCAGUGGAGGCCCCACAGCCCCAUAACCACACCCAAGUCCCACCCGGAGCCCCUCAGGAGCCCAGCGUGCAGCUCCUUCAGCAGCUGCCAGCAGAGAGAGUGGAACAGAAAGAAAUCCCAGCUGAGCACAUGAUCCUCAAAACCACCUUCGACAGCCUGGUACAGCGCUGCCAGCUCGCAGCAGGAGAUCCACAAACAAAAAGGAAGCUCGAUGAUGCAGGAAAACGUUUAGGACACCUUUAUGAUAAACUGAGAGAGCAGUCGCUCUCUCCCAACAUCCUGAACGGGCUCCACGAGAUAAGCCGCUGUGUGGCAAGCCAGAACUACCAGGGGGGCCUGGAGGUCCACACUCAGGUGGUCAGCAGCAGCAACUUCAGUGAGAUCUCUGCCUUCAUGCCCAUCCUGAAAGUGGUCAUGACUAUCGCCAACAAGCUGAGCGUCUAACACCCAGAAGACGCCACCAACCAUUCUUCAGUGUUAUACUGUUGUAUAUGUAUUUAUUUCUUCAUGGCCUGGUGAUGUGCGUCAACAACGAGAAUAAUGGCUGGUAAAAUGACAACGUCUCAUCCCACCAUCAAUUCUCCAGAGGACAUGGCUGACUGAGAGAGCGAGGUGGACUUCUGUAGGAGUCUGUCAAUGUUGCUGCAAUCAUUUUACAAAAAUAUAAGAUGAAUGUAUUCUGACAGUUGUGAUUCAGUGUAGGUUCAAAAGUUGAUGCGAUACAAAAAGCAAAUGGUCUGAAUCGAUGCUGUGGUUGUCCAAGUAGGUGGUAGGUCAUAAACCUUGUUGCAUCUUACCCAAGUUCAUAUUUUUCUCUCGGUCUUUGAUAGAUGUACACAAUGUAUUGAUUACAUACUUGCAGCAGCACUCUGGCUGCAGAAAGAAUAUCCAGGGCCUCAAAUAAGAAAUUAUGGGAAUAAAAUUUGGGUUAUGAUCCACGUUGUCAUUGUACUCUGUAAGCAGGAGGAACAGACUGGCAAUCUGGGUAGAUUUUACAGAAACGUAACGAGAGCAGUUCAUAAACAAUUAAUUUCUGAUUGUAGAAAAGUGAUUGGUUGUGAUUGUCGGGCUAUUAUUAUUAUCAUUUGUUUUAAUUUUUGUGUUGGCCUAGACCUGAAACAGUUCUCCAUAUACCUUUAUUUCUCUUAUUUUUACCCAAAUAUUUGCUUUAGUAUUCAUAUUACUCAUCUAAUCCCAUUAUCUACUGCUGGAUUUGCAGAGCAGUUUAUAAAACGUUUUCAUUGGAAAUAUAAAUGAUUUUUUUCUUUCUGCACGCUUUGUUCUUACUCCCUUUUUAUAAACGCACUAUUGUAUCCUUUGGUAAUUUCAUAUUUUCUUUUAUUAUUAAUGUAUUAGAUGAAACAAUACUACAACUUAAAAGAACACAUUAAACAACGUUGUUGCGGCAAUAAUAAUCGUUGGUUAUUUGGCGUGUUGUGGCAGCA